AUGGAUCUCCAUCCAAUGUUUAUCAUGGAUCCAGAGAGGUCUAGGAAGAAGCAGAGGAGGCAUCCAAAGCCCGUUCCACCCAAUGUGUCAGUUGAAGCAAUCAAGCGUUCUUUGAAGACGACUCCCAGCCCCCGACGAUUCAGAGAACAGCGUCUGCGCCGUCUUCAAGAGAGACUGCAGCAGCGCGAGCAGGCUCCUUGCCAGGCCCCAGAAACGAACGUCAGCCUGGCAUUACAGGGAAUGGAUUCGGCAAUCAACCAGGGUCAAGAGGACGAGGGUGUGAGUAUUCAGCAAGAUGAUGAAGAGGAGCAACUAGAUGAGCUGGACCUGGAGGUUUUGCAUAUGGGCCGGAAUGCGGACUACGUGCUAGCAGACGGCGAAUCUCUCGUCCGGAAUGACACUCCUUCUUGGGGUUCCAAACUUACCCUAGAAUCGCCAAACAGAGAUUCACCGGAUCCAGAUGAACUUAGAUAUCAGGAAGAUGGUGCUGACCCUGAGGAUUAUGAGGAGCCGUUGUCAAAAAGGCGGCGAUGCUAUGGUCGAAAGAAUCAUAACGCGAACGUUCGCCGGAUCUCUCUUCAAGGACUGGACGGCCGGAGAGGCUCGAAACAUGGGGAAAUGCCUGAUGAUGCACAGAGUGAUAGCUCGCAGAGGAGGAUAGGACAUGCAAACCCGAAACCACGAAAGAAGAAAAAGCAGUCUCGAAGGCUUCCUGUUGAUGAGCUAGCAUUGGUCUCGGAGAGAAUAAAUGCUCCAGACUUGGAGGUUGAUGAUGAUGAAGCUAGAGAUCUAUCGCAGGAUCCAAUUUCUCAGUUAUCUUCUGACAAUAGAAGUCCCAAACGCCGGAAACCCACCUCUAAACAGCACACAAAAGUUCGCAGGCGCAGAACCUUUAGCGAUAUUGAUAUCUUGGAUUUUCGUCUGCCAAAGCCUCGGGAUCUAUCCCCACGAUCUCGAUAUCGCCUUCAGCGAAGCCCGACAUACUCUGACGGUUUUGAAGGCAAGGAAGCAGACCCAAUUGGGAAGCCGAUGCUGGUUCCGCAAAAGCGCCGGCCGCAAGAGAAGUUCAAUAUCAUCACGGUCCGGAUGGAUGAGUUGACAUUAGUGGCCGAAAAGCAUUUUGGGGGAGAUACGCAAGGGUUGAAGCAUCUGUCUCGCAAUCGACAUCCUCUGCGACGCAAUAUCAAAAGACGGCCUGUAGUUCUAGAAGACAAUGAGAAUGGGGUAGGUGGAAAUGAUACCAUGUUUUCUGGUCCUCAACCUGAGGAGAAAGCUCGGCAUAGUCUGGAGCAUACGAGGGGGCUGCUGCCACGGAGCGAGAAUUCGAACCUUCAGAUCCCUAGAACCCCGACACUCCCUCUCAAGCGCAAGCAGUCGCUCAACCGGAAGGUAACAUUCAGCGAGGAAGUGGACGUGCAUCAACUCUCGACCAUGGAUACGACGCAGACAGAAACGAGGGAUUUGUCUAGAUGCAAUGGGCACCGUAAAAGUGAGGGCUCACAGCAAACGAACAGGACAGCGCCCGAGAUGCAGUCUCCUAAGUUGCCUAAAUGGGAUGAACUUUCUGUACUGCAACAACUAUCGAUGGUCUCUGUACAAAGAAGAAUAGAUUCAAGUGACAGUGAUGAUAGCGAUCAUAGUGAGUUCUGUACGGACGAGGAAGAAAGUUCAGACGAAGCUUCGGAAGGUGAAGAAGAGAAACAGGAUGGAGUUGACAUCCUUCCAGAUAUAGAUUCUGGUGAAGACGAUGAUGCUAAACUGGAAGAUAAUAUGGACCAUCGUGAAAUUGAGCUCAAGUUGGAGAAGGAAAUCCCGGAUAGCAUGGAUGCUGAAAUUAACAAGACACUGCGCUGUAUGCACGAGCGUCAACCUUCUUCGGGAAAUGAUUAUAGGAAUUGGAAAACUCAACAACUCGAGAGACCCGGUAGCAUUCGGUACCAACAUAACCCUAAUAUCCCCAGAACAGCGACCAGAAAAUCGAGCUUGCUGGUUGAUGCAGAGACCCCGACAACCGGCGCUGUUGAAAGGCCUCCACAACAUACCCCGCAAAGAGUUUACCAAGAAAGACAAAUCUCUACGGAAAACCAACAAGCAAAAGAUUCAUGGAGACCCCGAAAACCUAGGACUAGUAACAUUGCCAUGGAGGUAGAUGAUGAGAUAGUCGAUAGCCCAGAAAUACCCACCCCCAGCAACAAAACUCUGAGAAGGGGUAGCUACGCAAGACGUCUUUCAUCAAGUGCGAGCCAGGCAUUGACCUUGGUCAAAUCGAGGCCCACGACCCCGGAGGGCGAAUUACAACCAUCGUUGUCGUAUGAUUCUCAAGGUUCGAUUGAGCUUGGAGACCCACAAAGAAUGUUCAGAGGAUCUCCGGAGCCAUGCAUCCCCGAGACCCAGAUGGAAGAGGAACCAGAGGAGUCUGUAAUGAAGCAUCCAUCCUUGCGCUACUUUACACCAGAAAGCAGUUACUUCUCUCGGGCAUCUCAGCAGCUAGAAGAGCCAACACAAAGGUCCAACCUUGUUCGUCUGAAGUCCAUGCCGGAGCAUGCACACGCGGCAAGACGAACAGAACGAGUUGUUGGCUUGCGGUAUUAA